AUGGCAUCAGAACUCAGCAAAGAUACAAUUGUCAAGGCGGAAGAUGUUGUUGCACAGAUGAUCACAGAAAAGGAGCUGACUCUUGUUGAGCAGUCAAAGAAGAACAUGUAUAUUGAAGAUAUUGCUGAGUUCACUCAAGUCAUUCUCAUCAUCACUGAGAUGACCUAUGUCUGUGGUUGGCAGUGCAUUCAAAUGGUUUUCUUCUUGCAGCUUGCAGUCAUCACUGCCAGCUGUCCCUCAGCAAUUCUCCAUCUUCAGUAUCAAGACAUUGUGUUAACCCUGAUCCAAGUUCCAGACAGUGGACGCCCACAAUUGAAUGAGUUUAAGAUUUCAGAAAUCAUCUGGCUCCCUGAAAAUGUGAGGCUCCAGUUGCGGAAGCAGGAGGAGAAACAAAAGAGAAGCAAGGAGAAGAAACAACAAAGGGAGAAGGAGAUGCAAUGA